UGCCUAAGGACUCGCAACUGUGGAACCGACUUUUCCUAGUAGCAGUACUAUUUUUAAGGAGUCCGCUCAGUUUCUGUGUUUCUGCUGCAUCUCCCGUUUUCCAAUUCCAUCACGGAGUUGAGUUUUAGUAUGCACACGUUGCAAACCUCUCCGAACUCCAAACUGCAAAGCUUCUCAUAAGUCAUAUCUCUGUCUCUCUCUCUCUCUCUCACCCACAAACACACAAAUAACGACGCGUCAUCAAAUUUGACGUCCUUCUUCUUCUGUUGAGCAUUCAUCAAUCAGAUCCCAGGCCAACUUCCUGCGUUUCUUCCACUGCUUUCUGAUUCAAGCACUACUACCCAUCCAUCGAGGGCUUUCUGUUCUAGACGUGGUCCUUUUUUCUUUUUCCUCAACGAUCACUACUAUCUCCGGUGGGGUCAUUAUCAGAGCAAACCAAAUCAAAGUUCUCUAGUCUACUGCCCCCCUCUAUUUCAAGAUCGGAUAAAGAUCAAAAGGCCAGCUGGGCUUUAGUUUAGAGAUUGGGAAAAAAGACACUUUUUUCACGCGAUUCUUAUUGUUUCCUACGUUGACUGACUUUGUGUAUUACUAAGAUAUAGUAAUAUCACUCUCAUCUCGCUUGAAUUGAACCCCUAGACUCCUUUGUUCUUUCUUGCCUGUAAUUGGUGAUCAAAACAGUAUGAGGAAGCUCCACAUCAGUCCAGUUGGUGUGGACGUUCCACACCAAGCAUUCUCCCCCAUCACUAAUCGUUCUUUUGCUUCAGCUCCUUCAAUGAAAGAGAGGAAAGCGGAUCAGUCCAUUGCCUGCCAAAAUUUUCUUUCCGGUUCCUUUAUAUCAAGAAAGUUCAACAAGUCUCUCAAUUUCAACAAACGUGCUUCUAUAGCUCACAGAAUGAAAAGGUCUUGCAGUGCAAACUUGGAUGAAGUCUUUGGGGAUCACAAUGCAGAAGGGUUAGCUCAAGGCUUCAGUUCGGAAGAUAGAGGACGAACGUUUUCUCAAAAUUCGUCAUGGCAGUCGCAUAUUGAUUUCUUGGAGCCUACAACGCUUGGAAUAAUGCCAGAGCCACCCGAUUGGCCAGAGAGGGAUUUAAUACUGUGGGCAGAUAUUGAACAAAGAGCUAAGAGCUUUGAUCUUCCCCUAUCGCUUAGGAUGAUUAAAAAGAAGCACCAAAGAGAAGAAGCGUUAAAAGGGGUGGGAGAAUUGGCUAGUUCCUCGAUGACAAAGGCCUUCUCCUCGACGGUAUUUAUCAUAGUUGAGCUGCAGAGCUAUGCAUUACAGAUGAGGGAAGCAUUGUGCAAUGAAGAUUUAAAGGUGAUAAUUUCUAAAGUUCAGAGAGACAUGCAUUUAUCAUUCGUCUGGCUGUUUCAGCAAGUUUUUUCACCAACACCAGCCUUGAUGGUCUGUAUGAUGAGCCUUUUAGCAGAAUUUGGUGUAUAUUCAACAUCACAGGCUUGUUUGUAUGGAUCAUUAUCUAGAACCACGGAAGAGUUGGGAUCAAUUCUACAUGCUCAAAGCGAUAAUUUGUCAGUGGCUUCAACAAAUUUUGAUAAUUAUGGAGUUGGCUGGGAAGCUAAUUCAGUAAUAAAUGGCAGAAACGAAGACUCAAGUUAUAUAUCAACAUCUAGAAAGCAUUUAAUGGCAGAUCCUGAAGAACUUUUGCAGGUUGGCAAUCAAGAAUUCAGAAGUGCGGCAGAGGUGUCGCUGUGGAAUUCUCUUCUGGAUCAAGCAACGAGAAUGCAACCAGGUCCAGGCGAGAUGGUUCUUAAUCAUGAUGUGUUGCAAAAGUUUGUAUCUCCACUAUCUGUGGAGAUAGAACCUGAUGACUACAUGGAAUAUCAUAGGACUGAUCUUACGUACCAGAUGGGGUUGUCUCAGGAUCCUGAUAAUCCACUUUUGCUCUGCAAUUAUGCACAAUUUCUACGCCUUGUUGCUCAUGAUUAUGACAGGGCAGAAGAGUGUUUUAAGCGAGCAAUCCAGGUGGAGCCUCUGGAUGCUGAAUCCCUAGGCCGGUAUGCCGACUUUUUGUGGAUAGUUAGAGAGGACUUCUGGAGAGCAGAAGAUACAUAUCUACAAGCCCUAUCAAUUGAGCCAGAGAAUUCUUAUCUUGCAUCCAAAUAUGCCAAUUUCCUAUGGAACACUGGUGGCGAAGAAACUUGUUUUCCUCUUGAUGCUUCUAACAGCAGCAGCAGCAGAGAUUCAAAUAUGUAAUUAAGUCGUUUCCGAGUGAGAAUCAAGUAUAUACAAACCUCAGAAGUUUCACAACACUCCCUGAGGAUGACUAUAAGUAAUCGUUAAACAGCAGGACUGGAUAUAGUCAAUAUGAUUAACAAGGAGAAGAAGAGAAGCUCAGCAUCUAACAGUAUUGAAGGGAGAUAUUCCCUUGGAAGUGUACUAGGGAGUUGAUCUAUGGCUGAGAGGUAGAGUUCCUUGUAAUGCUGUGGCCUGUAGAAAUAAACAUUUGCUAAUUAUAAUUAGAUAGAGACACCCCAGA